GAUCAGUCUAUAUAGAAGCGUUGCUCCAAACACUCUUAAAAAUGUCUAGCACGGGUAUCGUUUUGUACGGCGUUGAUAUGAGUCCGUGUGUGAGGGCCGUGAAGCUGACGCUCAAAGCCCUGGACUUGGAGUACGAGUACAAGGAGGUGAAUAUGCAGGAGGGCGAGCACCUGAAGGAGGCGUACCUGAAGAUGAACCCACAGCACACGGUGCCCACGCUGGACGACAAUGGCACCUACCUCUGGGAUUCGCACGCCAUUGCCACCUACUUGGUGGACAAGUAUGGCAAGUCAGAUGAGCUGUAUCCCAAGGAUCUGGUCAAGCGGGCCAUUGUGGACCAGCGCCUGUUCUUCGAUGCCAGCGUCAUUUAUGCCUCACUGGCCAGCCUAGUUGCUCCCUUCUGGUUGAAUGGGGUUACUGAGUUGCCGCAGGAAAAGCUGGACAGUGCCCACCGGGGUGUGAAGUUGCUGGAGACUUUCCUGGACAGUGGAAAAUACCUGGUGGGCGACACGCUGACCCUUGCCGGACCCACUGUCGGUGCACUGAAGGCAGCUGUGGAUAUCGAACCCACUGUAUAUCCCAAGGUCACCGCCUGGCUGGAUCGCCUUAACGAGAUAUCCUACUACAAGGAUAUCGAUGAGGAGCCAGCCCAGGGCUAUGUCAACUACCUUCGCAGCCAGUGGACCAAAGUGGGGGACCAGAAGUAGUUGUAAACAACAGAUAAAUCCAAAUAAAACGUAUUACCCCUGUUAAAUAUAAUAAAAAUAAACAAUUUUCAUUAAAUUAA